UUGAGGUGGAUUGGGAAGGAUUGGGAGGAAAACUGCCCUGGGGACAAAGGGAACGCGGGAGGGAGCGGUGGACAGACCGAAGGCGGCUUCGUUACCUCGCGAAUCUCUGCUGCCCUAAAGCGGAGGCGACGGGCCUCGUUCCCGUAGAGUUGGCGGCGGGAGGUUCUCUGUCACGGAUCCUCACGACUGCCCGCCGCGGCGGCCCGUGAAGUCGUGGUUUAGAGCGUGGGCCCCCCGCCCCCGCUGUGAAGCCUGGCUCUGCUUCCCUGCGACCCGGAGGCGCGACUUGAACUCUGAUUCUGUGUUCUUACCUGUAAAACGGGGUGGGGGGGGCAUUCUUUCCCACCUUCCAGAGUAGUUGCGAGGGUUAAAGGAAAUUGUCCUGGUCGCCCCGUUUCUCAUGGUGCUGGUAGUAGGUGAUAGCUAUCAGUAUUAUUUGGCGAAUGCGGAAUCUCCGCUCAGGGAAAGUGCCAUCAUGCAGCCACUAGGCUGGGACUUCUCCGCCAGGCCCUUGUCUUAGAGCAAGGAAAGCAGCUCCAAUUUGAGGAAUUAGUGCUUCUCCAUCAGUGCUGCGGAGAAAGCCAGGAGCUGUCUUCUGGGGAACUGUGGAAUGUGCCCCUGGGGGCCCAGUAAAGCAGAAGGAAGAUGCUCCAGACCAGUAACUACAGCCUGGUGCUCUCCCUGCAGUUCCUGCUGCUGUCCUAUGACCUCUUUGUCAAUUCCUUCUCGGAGCUGCUCCGGAUGGCUCCUGUCAUCCAGCUGGUGCUUUUCAUCAUCCAGGAUAUCGCCAUCCUCUUCAACAUCAUCAUCAUUUUCCUCAUGUUCUUCAACACCUUCGUCUUCCAGGCUGGCCUGGUCAACCUCCUGUUCCACAAAUUCAAAGGGACCAUCAUCCUCACAGCUGUGUACUUUGCCCUCAGCAUCUCCCUUCAUGUCUGGGUCAUGAACUUACGCUGGAAAAACUCCAAACGCUUUGUCUGGACAGAUGGACUUCAAACGCUGUUUGUAUUCCAGAGACUAGCGGCAGUGUUAUACUGUUACUUCUACAAACGGACAGCUGUGAGGCUGGGCGAUCCUCGCUUCUACCAGGACUCUUUAUGGCUGCGCAGGGAGUUCACACAAGUCCAGAGGUGACCGCUUCUUGUCACACUGAUGGGUGGAUGCCUUUCCUUCCUGACAGAGACUGUAUUUGUGGCCCUGUGGGGUGGGGGUUGGCCCUAUGCACAAGAAGCACCUUGACUUUCCUAGGACAGGCUCAGGCCACUUGUGUUCAGCAGUCAAGAAGGAAGAUCUUUCCUCUUGCAAAUUAAAGUGUUUCCCAAUACAGGCUUCAGUACAUAACCCUCCCUGGCCUCCUACCUCAGUUCUGCCCCUUUUCCUUUCCUGCUCUCUAUCCCUCUUCUCACAGAAGGCUGUGGGGCUUGGUCCUUGGGAAGCUAUCACUUAGCCUGGUGCAGGAGGGGCUCCUGGCACCUGCUUUCUUUGCACCAAACAUAAUUAAUGGAUGCAAAGAGGGACAUUUCUGAGCUCCUGACUGAUCACACCAUAGACAUUUAGAUUUUAUACCCAAGGCAUUUUUUUUACAUUUUAUAAAUGGGAAAUAAAUUGAAUUCUUUUUCCAUAAA